AUUAACAAUGCAAACCCAUUCGUCGAGAACUAUUUCAGCCAAAAAUCAUCCAGUUUUCAAAAUACUGAACUCUCCUUGAUUGGGCCACUGUUUGUUUAGAAAAAAUAGGGUUUUUACUAUUAGAUUGUACCUCAAAAUUCUCAUCAAUGGAUACAUCUCUCUCUUUAUCUAGACUCCUCUCUUCUUCCACCACCACAUCACUCUUAUCUCCCAAAACCAAAACCCUCUCUUCCAAUUUUACCCUCCCCCUCAAACUCAACCGUUUCAAAACAAAAACCUCUCCGAUUUUCCACUUCAUCCAAAAUCUCCGCCACCAUCUCCGUCGGCGACAAACUUCCUGAAUCCACCUUCUCAUACCUCGACCCCGCCGGCGAAGUCCAAACCAUAACAGUUUCCGACCUAACAAAAGGCAAAAAAGCCGUUCUCUUCGCCGUUCCAGGAGCUUUCACACCAACAUGCUCACAGAAACACUGCCAGCUUAUCAUGUGCGAUUGUUCCAGCUUAAUAGGGUGUUUUAGAUUCGUUUUUCAAAAGCUUUGCGCGCGUAAAUUGAUUCUGAUUAUGGGAAUACUAUGCGGCUUUGUUUCUAGCAAUUGGGUAAGAAUAUAUUCUGAUUCUUCUUUUCUCUAUAAUCAUUUGAAUAAGACUAUUCUCAACAGUGUGUUAUUGUUUGUGAUUCUCACUUAUAAAUAUCCAUAAUUUCUUUUCUUCUUCCAUUGCAUUUGAGGCUGAAUCAGUCAUCCAAUUCGAUUUCGAAAUGGCAACCCAAUUUGACAUGUUGUGCGAUGUUCUUCCUGGGCAUAAUUCAUGGAAGUUCAAAGUUCGUGUCCUCCGUAUGUGGGCAAUUUCUUCUUUUAUGAAGCCUAAUGAGUUGAACUCUAUGGAAAUGGUGCUGAUAGAUGAGAAGGGAGGUAAGAUUCAUGCCUUGAUAAGGAAAGAAUUGGUUUACCUAUUCCAGAAUAAAUUAAAGGAAGGGGAAGUUUAUAAGCUAUCAAACUUUGAUGUUGUUCCAGUCGUUGGAUUUUAUCGUACAACUCUGCAUCCUUACAAAUUGAUUUUUCGAUCGAAUACCAAAGUUCAGAAUUUUGCGAGUUCUGAUAUUCCUAUUUUGGGAUUUUCUUUCACCGAUCUUGCUGAAGUGGCUAGCUACUCUGUUAACUAUGAUUACCUAAUAGAUGUCAUUGGUUUAAUCUCUGGUAUAUCAAAUGAGAGGGAGUAUAUUCGUGCUGGCAAAGUCAUCAAGAUGGUUGUGCUUGAACUUACAGACAAUAGUGGUAAAUGUGAAUGCGCGUUGUUUGGUGAUCAUGUUGAUGAGUUGCAAAGAUUAAUUGGUAAUUGUCCUUCCGGUCUCCACGUUGUUGCACUACAGUUUGCCAAAGUUAAAAUAUUUAGAGGGAAAGUUUCCAUUCAAGAUGUUAUGAAUACCACAAGGAUUUUUCUUGACCCUGAGAUUAAAGAGACAUCCGAGUUAAGAAAGGGGUUAGCCAUUGCUGGUAUGUCAAACUCCGAAAAAAGUAUUGAGCAAAUUAAUGCUAUGAGUACAUAAUACAUAAACAUACUUCACUUAUUGAUCAAAUACGUUAUAAUUUUUACUAAUAUUUAAGAUUGGAGGGAGCAGGAUCCAAUGCAAAUAUUAAUUUUAAUCUAUAAACAUACCGUAUUCCUUUCGGCCUUAUAUGUAAUUAAA